UUCCAUGACGAAGAGAUCAAGAAAGCCUAGCAUUUUCUCUCAUUCCUCUGCUGGAAGGAGCUAGUGAGACAAACAACAAGAGUGCAUCCAACAGAGACACACAGAGGUCAACCUCACAGCAGUCAGUCAUAUUCUGUUGCUGCGUUUCUUACACGCUUACAAUAGGGACCCAACCGGUGUUGGCAGCCGCGCUCGUGAACCGGUCAGCAUGGACGCCGCCGCGAGGGAAGCGCAGAGUGGUCUGGAAUGGCGGGUGACCGUGCCGGAGGGCGCGACGGUGACCAUGGAGGAGCACGAGGCCGGCGGCGCUGCCGCCAGGGCGUGCGCGUGGCUGCUGGCUUGCUUUGCCACGGCGUGGAGCUGGGUCGCCGGCUUCGCGAGGAAGGUGUGGAGGAUUGCCGCAGAUGACCCCCGGAAGGCGGUGCACGGGCUCAAGGUCGGCCUGGCGCUCGCGCUCGUCUCCGUGUUCUACUACACCAGGCCCCUGUACGAUGGCGUUGGUGGGGCUGCCAUGUGGGCCAUCAUGACGGUCGUCGUUGUCUUCGAGUACACUGUUGGUGGCAGCGUGUACAAGUGUUUCAACAGAGUCGUUGCGACGGCGAGCGCCGGCGUUCUCGCGCUCGGCGUGCACUGGGUGGCGGACAGAUCCGGCGAGCUCGAGCCGGUCAUCGUCACUGGCUCCCUCUUUCUGCUGGCUGCGGCCGCCACCUUCUCGCGGUUCAUCCCGACGGUGAAAGCGCGGUUCGACUACGGCGUGACCAUCUUCAUCCUGACCUACAGCCUGGUGGCCGUGUCGGGGUACCGCGUCGACCAGCUCGCGGCGCUGGCGCAGCAGCGGCUGUCCACCAUCGCCAUCGGCAUCUUCCUGUGCCUCGCCGUCAGCAUGCUCAUCUGCCCCGUGUGGUCCGGCGCGGAGCUGCACCUCCUCACCACGCGGAACAUGGACAAGCUCGCCGACGCCGUGGAGGCCUGCGUCGAGGACUACUUCGCGGCGGAGGAGCCGACGCCGGCCGCGCGGCAGAGCACCAAGUCCAAGUCGGACGGGUACAAGUGCGUGCUCAACUCCAAGGCGUCGGAGGACGCGCAAGCGAACCUGGCGCGGUGGGAGCCCGCGCACGGGCGCUUCGGCUUCCGCCACCCCUACGCGCAGUACGCCAAGGUGGGCGCCGCGAUGCGCGCGUGCGCCUACUGCGUGGAGGCCCUGAGCAGCUGCGCGCGCGCCGAGGUCCAGGCACCCCCGCACGUGAAGCGCCUCCUCCGCGACGUGUGCGCCAGGGUGGGCGCGCGGUGCGCGCGGGUGCUCAGGGAGGCGUCGCGCUCCGUGGCCACCAUGACCACUUCGUCCUCGUCCCGGACACUGGACUUCGCGGUGGCGGACAUGAACACGGCCGUGCAGGAGCUGCAGGGCGACAUGCGGACGCUGCCGUCGACCGUGCUGGCCGCGAAGCUGCUGGCAGCAGAGACGACGUCCCUGAUGGACACCAUGCCUGUCUUCACCGUGGCGUCGCUGCUGGUGGAGAUAUCGGCGCGGGUCGAGGGCGUCGUGGACGCCGUCGACGAGCUGGCGACCCUCGCGAGCUUCAAGCAGGUCGACGACGACGACGAUGAUGACGACAAGAAGGGAGAGACCGAGAUGACGAUCAAAGUGCACCCGUUGAACGAGCCGGACACCGACGAGGAGUCACCGGAAAACAAGACGAGGAAGGCUUGAUCGAUCGAUAAACAUGAAAAAUCCUCGAUCUAUCUCCAAACCAGGACGGCAGAUCAGACACGACGACGAACUCGACGAGAUUUAGCUUGGCCACACCAUUUGAUUAUUACUACAUAUAUAUUAUUUGAAGGCCUCUUCAUUAUUAUUUUCCGUGGAUCGGAUGAGUUCACGGCUGUAUACAAGGGAAUAAGAGCAUAAGACCGGGCCGGCCGGACCAUCAUAUAUAGCAGUUGUGUACAUAGGUUUUACAGAUCAAAGCAUUUUGACA